UAAGUUUUACUCUGCACGUAAGGUCUGAUACACAGACCACCCGAAAAAGAAAACAUAAACAAAGACAAUCAUACAUUUUAUCAAUAAAGGAGUUCAUUGUGCACCAGAAAAGGAAAACCCAGAAAGCUGCAAACUUUUGGUUUUGUUUUUCAUUUUUUACCUUGAAAAUGGAUUCUGGUCUGUAUUUCUUGGGUGGUCUUUUGGCUUCUCUUCUGGGGUUUGUUUUCUUGUUUGGUUUUGCUGGAAAGAAGAGGAGCAGAGCUUCAAUGGAGGUAAAGACUAAUGGGUUUGUCAAGAUUUCUCAGAAUGGUAUUUUAUCUCGGCCGGAGAUAGAGGGAAAAACUGAUGUUAUUAUUGUUGGAGCUGGGGUUGCUGGUGCAGCUCUUGCUUACACUCUUGGCAAGGAUGGACGACGAGUACAAGUGAUCGAAAGAGACUUGAACGAGCCCGACAGAAUUGUUGGUGAACUUCUGCAACCAGGAGGCUAUCUCAAAUUGAUUGAGUUGGGUCUAGAGGAUUGUGUGGAGAAGAUUGAUGCUCAGAGAGUUUAUGGAUAUGCUCUUUACAAAGAUGGUAGAGAUACUAAACUCCCUUACCCUUUGGAGAAAUUUAGCUCAGAUGUAGCUGGAAGAAGCUUCCAUAAUGGGCGGUUCAUACAGAGGAUGAGGGAAAAGGCUGCAACUCUAUCAAAUGUGAAAUUGGAACAAGGAACUGUCACAUCUCUGAUUGAAGAAAAAGGAACCAUUAAGGGAGUUCAAUACAAAACCAAGACUGGUCAAGAAAUGACAACUUAUGCUCCCCUCACAAUAGUAUGUGAUGGCUGUUUCUCGAACCUACGACGAUCUCUAUGCAAUCCAAAGGUUGACAAUCCCUCUUGUUUUGUUGGAUUGGUACUGGAGAACUGUGACCUUCCACAUAAAGAACAUGGACAUGUGAUUCUGGCAGAUCCUUCACCUAUCCUAUUCUAUCAGAUUGGUACCAACGAGAUUCGUUGUUUGGUUGAUGUGCCUGGACAAAAAGUACCUUCUGUUGGUAAUGGAGAGAUGGCAAAUUAUUUGAAAACUGUGGUGGCUCCUCAGAUCCCCCCUCAGCUGUAUACUUCUUUUAUAGCCGCCAUUGACAAGGGAAACAUCAGAACAAUGCCAAACAGAAGUAUGCCUGCUUCUCCAUAUCCGACUCCCGGUGCACUUCUGAUGGGGGAUGCAUUCAACAUGCGUCAUCCUUUGACAGGAGGAGGAAUGACUGUUGCUCUUUCCGAUAUUGUUCUUCUUCGUGAUCUUCUCAGACCCCUUUAUGAUCUCAAUGAUGCAUCAGCAUUGUGCAAAUAUCUUGAAUCCUUCUACACUCUUCGUAAGCCAGUGGCAUCUACCAUAAACACAUUGGCAGGUGCCUUAUACAAGGUGUUUUGUGCAUCACCUGAUCCAGCAAGGAAGGAAAUGCGCGAAGCGUGUUUUGAUUACUUGAGCCUCGGAGGAAUCUGCACUUCUGGACCGGUGUCUCUACUCUCCGGUCUCAACCCUCGUCCACUGCAUUUGGUAGUUCAUUUCUUUGCAGUUGCUGUCUAUGGCGUUGGCCGUUUGAUGCUUCCAUUUCCUUCACCUUACCGCAUUUGGAUUGGCAUUAGAUUGAUCUUGGGUGCAUCAGGAAUUAUAUUCCCAAUAAUCAAAGGUGAAGGAGUUAGAAAGAUGUUCUUUCCUGUAAUGGUGCCUGCCUACUACAGAGCUCCACCACUUAAAUAAGCAAAUGUUAACAAGAAAUUCAGGGGAAAAACAAGAAAUGUUGUAGAAACUGAUUGUCACGGCUUACAAAAAAUCUAAUCUGCAUCAAAUGGCACAAUUCCUCCUUUCAGAAGUUGAAAAUAAGGCAGGGAUCAAUGCUGCAGCUAGGCAGGGGAAAAAAAAAAAAAUGCUCUUAAUUCUUUUUUCUUUUUUUUUGGGUUACAAAAUCAUUGUUCUUAAAUGGGAACAUGUUUUCCCUCAAAAUUUGUAUGAACUAUUUAGAACCCCAAAUUAGAGAAUAUAUAUAUAUAUAUAUAUACAUAAUUAGUCUCA